AUGGUCUUCGCGACCCAUCGCUAUCAUUUCGUAUUUCUUGCCUUUCUCGUCGUUUUUUCCGCAAUCUUGUUCUUUCAGCGCAACGAAAACGUGUUUUCAGCUGGCUUUUCCAGAAAGUCACACAGCCCACCGAGACUCAGCACAACCGACACGUUUGCGAAUCUAUUCCGCCCAAUCAAGCUCAGUCCUACCCAUCCUGGAUAUCGCGAUGUCAACGGACACUUCAUACCCGGUGCCCCUGCUGAUGAAGUCAUAUGGACGAGACCACUCGGCAAGAAGGUACUCAUAGUCGACAUUGACACCCGAAUGCCCACAGGCGAGAACCAAAUCUUCAAUACGGAGAAGAAGAUCAACUGGGAGAGACUUGAAUAUCAUGACGCUGGCCUAGUGACUGGUGGUAUAUCUUUGCACUAUCUGUAUGCCAUGAUUCAUGGUUACGACUACAUGCAUUAUCAGGCCCUCGAGAUGCACGACAUUCAUCAAACCUGGAUCAAGCCGCACGUCUUCAAGGAGCUUCUGCCAGACUAUCAAUUUGUCGUCUUCUUUGACGCUGAUUCUGUAGUUGCACACCUUGAGAUUCCCCUUGAGUGGAUGUUCAACCGAUGGAAGAUUACCAAGAAUACAAUGAUUGCAAUGCCACACGAUACCGAAGAGUGGAGGAACGGCAAUCCUAUCAGUCAAGAUUCUACUGGGAUUCCUGUGCAGAAUUCUGGGUUCGUGGUUCUCCAAAACAGCAGUCUAACGUUCGACAUGCUUUCCGCGUGGGCUGGCUGCACCACGGAGGAGCGCUAUAAGGGAUGCGCAGUGUGGAAACAUGAGUGGAGUCAUGAACAACGUGCUUUCGCCGAGUUUAUUCGGCACGAUCCUGAAUUCAACGUUGCUCCCGAUGGCAUCGUCGAGAUUCCAUGCGAUGAUGCCAUGGGCUGGGAAGGCUUCAAGGAGCAGGUGGAAUCUGCAGGGGAUGCCGCUUACAAAGUCGCAGACUGCAACGGCCGUUUGGUCCGCCACUACACGCUUGGCAAAGAAAGAUUGAAGGAAGAAGGGAGCGGAAUUGUUAUGCAGAGCUUGAUGGAGAUCGUCCAGAAGAACAUCAUCAAGCACCAGGCUGCGACGUACAAAAAAGAGCACGAUCCCACCAUGGUGGAGGAUUACGACAAGGAUACUGAUUACGAUGAGAUUGAGAAGCUAAAUUCUGCAAAGAUGUCAGAUAAGAACAAAGACGAAGCAAAGAAAGGGCUUGAUAAGGUUCUCGAGGGGGGCAAAUUAAAAGAUAACGUUGAAAAACUGGAUGACAAGCCUGGAAAACUAGAUGACAAAAUAGACAAUGCUGGAGAUGGGGACGAGGAGGAGGAGGAUGAGGAUGAAUAUGAAGACGAAGAUGAGACCGAUACAGACGAAUUGGGCCGUCUUAAAAGCAUCAAGGAGAAGUUGAGUCAACAGAACGAGGCUAAAAAGAAAGAAUUGGAGACUUGGAAGAAAGAGCAAGAACUUAAAAAGCAGGAGGAUGCAUUUAUGAAGAAACAGAGCGAGCUCAAGGAGAAAGAGGAAGAGUUGAAACAAAAGGAAGCGGUGAUGAAGAAAAACGAGGAGGAGCAAGCGAAGAGAAAAGAGGAGAAAGCUAAGGAGAGGGAGGACAACAAGGAAAACGCAAAAGAGAAUGAGAAAAAGAUGCAGGAAGAGGAGAAGGAAGAUGACUCCUCAAAGAAUGACGAUGUUGAAAAGAAGGACUCUGCAAAGGAGAAAGUCAAAAAGAAGGAAAAUAGAGGAGAAACUAAGCAGGAAUUUCGUGCCUAA